AUGGAGCACUGUCAACUUAAUUUGAUCGAGUUGAUGCUCUCUUCGGAAAUCGAAGGCGAUUGUGGUGAGGAUCCGACAUCCAAAAACACUUCUACUGUAAACUUCAUCUUGAACCUCAUUUCUGGAAGAGCUUCCCCUCCAUUCGGAACGAAGGAGCCUAUUUUGCACCACCUCCUUCGGGGAUGUCUCCUAGCGGAUGACCUCGCCAAACUCUCCAUAGUUCUCCACACUUCUGUCCAUCCCAACUUCUACACCACCAAUUUGGAGGUAGUUUUUUUGACACUUCAAAUGAAGAGCUUUUAA